AUGUCGGCUCCGGCCCGAGAAGCAACUGCUACGCCGGAGCAGCCAUCCUUCGAUGUUCUGGUGGAAGAUGCACCGUCAAGUCCCUCGCUGUCCAGAAGUCGAAUCGUCGCCACCAUCGCCUCCAUCACCUGCAUUACGAGCAUUGGCAAUCUGCUCGGUGGAUUCUUGACGGUUUGCAUUCCCGUCAUCUCGACUGAUCUGUACAUCCCCCCCGAGAUCCAGCUCUGGCCGACCGCUGCAUUCUCCCUGGCCUGCGGCUGCACCCUGCUCCCAUGCGGCGCCAUCGCCGACGUGCUCGGCUGUCGACGCAUUUGCCUUCUCGGAGCCCUGCUUCAGGCCGCCAGUGCCCUGGGUGCCGGGCUGUCUGCCACGUCCACGCAGCUCAUCGCUCUCCGCGCGAUGGCGGGCCUGGCGUCCUCGUUCUGUCUGCCCGGUGCCGUCGGCGUCACCGCGCAUACCUUCCCCGCCAACGACAGUCCGCGUCUGCGGAGCGUCGCGUUCGCAGCCAUGGGCGGUGGACAGGCCGUCGGUUUCGGACUGGGUCUGGUCCUGGGCGGCGUGUUCUCCGACACCAUCGGCUGGCGCUGGGGCUUCUACGCCACGGCCAUUCUGAACGGCCUGGUACUGGCUCUGGCGCUGUGGGCGUUGCCCCGUAAAGUAGACGGCGAGCCCCUGCGACUCCGAGCCUUGGGCCGUCUGUCCCGCGACGUCGACUGGAUCGGUGCAUUGCUCAUCAGCUCCGCGCUGGCCCUCCUCUCCUAUGCCCUGGCAGUGGCCACGGGAUCCGACGCGGAGCGCAAAAUGCGCGAACCGGGUAACCUCGCCAUGAUCUGUAUAUCCGUCGCGCUCAUCCCAGCCUUCGCCCUCUGGAUGAACCGCCAGAGUCGCCGGGACCGUCCCGCGCUGAUUCCCAACGCGCUGUGGAAGAACGCCGCCUUCACCGCCGUCUGCAUCACCGUGUUCCUCGUCUGGGGCGCCCUCAACGCCAGCGAGCAGCUAACCGCUCUCUACCUGGAAGAUGUGCGCGGCCAUUCCGCGCUGGUAUCAUCGCUGUACUUCCUGCCGGCCCCUAUCGCCGGGGUUCUCAUGAACGCCGCCAUCGGCGCAUUCCUGCCGCGCCUGCGACCUUCCGUCGCCGUGCCCGCGGCCUGUCUCCUCAGCGGAAUCGCCCCUCUUCUCCUGGCGACGCUAUGCCGCGUCGACGGCCCCGGAUACUGGCGCGGCGUGUUCCAGGCCAUGGCGCUGAACCCGCUCGGGGCGGACCUGAUCUACACGGUCGCGAACCUGAUCCUGACGGCGGCGUUUCCGGCCCGCACGCAGGCGCUGGCGGGCGGCGUGUUCAACAUGCUGGCGCAGAUCGGGAAGAGCUUCGGGAUUGCCAGCUCGGCGCUGAUCGCCAGGCAGGUGACGGGGCAGCUUCGAGAUGGAGGCAGUAAGCAGGCGGUGCUGGCGGGGUACCGGAUUGGUUGGUGGUAUAAUUGCGCGCUGGGGUUUGCGUCGGUGGCGAUUAGUCUGUGGGGGCUGAGGGGGGUGAGGAGGUUGGAGGUGAAGAGGGAUUAA